UUUCCGAUGUACCCGAAUGACGCCUCUCUGCAUGGCCAGGCACAGUUAGAUUUGCUGUUCCUUGAUUAGCAGCUUACCCCGGGCUUGCAAAAAACCGCUAUAAAUGAGGUAGCUGCCUGGUUCCCCUUGUCAUCUUCCUCCCAGGGUACGAGAUUUUGAUCCCUAGCCAACAUGCAGGUGAAGUCUUUGGCGGUCCGACUGCUCUUUUGCUCGCUGGUAUCUGCGGCGCCUUCGCAGCCCAAUAAUGCGUGCAAAGCUCCAGGUGGCCCCCCUGAGAUCAAUUCUCUGAGUACUUUGCAGGCGUUGAAGUACAAUAACUUGGGCUCCGAGAACAAUGGGGAAAGCCUUUAUUCACUGCAGGAUGCGACCGAAACAAACCGGACCGAACUUCAGUAUCAGUUCAAUUAUCUCAUUCAUAAUCGCGAUCUCCAGAGGAGCGACCAGGUAUGGGUUGCAAAAUCAUCCUCAAAGGACUGCUCCGCGUAUUCUCUCAGCCGCAAGGAGACCGUGAGCAUACCCUGCCAUAUGCAGCUGCCCGCACUUUGUACGUCCAAGGUUCCUCCCACUACAGACACGAACAAGGCUGUUGUCGAGUCAUCCAAGAUCUCGGUAAUGCAUGAAGGUUACACUUUCACUGGAUAUCGCGACGCACGUUCAUUCCGGUUUCUGGGUGUUCCUUUUGCCAACCCCCCUGUUAAGGACCUGAGAUUCGCACCGCCUCAGCCGUACAGCGGUCCCAAGACGCUUGAUGCUACCAAAUUCUCCGACUCUUGCGUCCAGUCAGUCUCCGGCUUUGGUACCCUGGGCAACGGUGGCGUCUCCGAGGACUGUUUGUAUCUCAACAUCUACACCCCUGUGCUUCCUGCGCAUGGGGCCCGCAACUCUCUGCGCAAACCAGUGGCCGUCUACUUCUACGGAGGUGCGUUUACCAAAGGUAGUGCGUCCAUGAUCGACUACGACGGGGGCAACUUUGCAAGCCGCAACGACGUGGUUGUGGUGACGGUCAACUACCGCCUUGGCGCCCUGGGCUGGUUGGCAACUGGCAGUCUCACGACAGGAAGCUAUGGCAUCCGCGACCAAAUCCUCGCCCUUGAAUGGAUCAACGAGUACAUUGAAGCGUUCGGUGGUGACAAGUCACGAAUUACAAUCUUCGGCCAGUCAGCAGGCGGCCAGAGUGUGACGGCCUUGCUGUCAUCCAGCGCAGCCAAAGGUUUAUUCUCCGGUGCGAUCGUUCAGUCGGCUCCGCUGGAUCUGCCAUGGUUUACCCGCGAGGUAUAUGAAGAAGUUGUCACACCGGGUGUUGCCAAGGCUGUCGGCUGCAACCAAACCGUCUCCGAAGAGAAGCUGCUGGCCUGUCUGCGCUCGGUGCCCGCAUCGGCCUUCCUCGACAAUACGACCGAGUUCCAGUCCGCCAUGACGGCCGUGAACAAGAAAGUCGCCGACAGUUUCCUGCACGUCUCGACAAUGCUCGCCUCCAUUGAGCCCCUGAUGCCCAUGGUCGACGACUCGGGCAGCGGCGUGAUCGACGACCAGUUCUACACCCUGCUCGCCGACAACACUCUUCCCAACCGAGUCCCGACCCUGUUCACGACCGUCACCGACGAAGCCGCCCUCUACGUCGGCAGAUUCGUCCCACAAAUCGAAGCAUCCACCACAAACCUCCACCUCCUCUUCGGCGUCGCAUACCCCGCGGACCUAGCCAAGUCCCUCGCUGCCUCCAACGCCUUCCCGCUCGACCCCUCCGACCCAGACACCGUCCGCAACGUCGGCGCCCAAGCCCUAACCUACAGCGAAUGGACUUGCCCACAAGCCCACCUCCUCGCCAACGGCGGCGCCACCGCCUUUCCCGCCCUCUACGAACUCGAAAUCACCCGCGGCCACAUCCAAACCAACGCCGGCGUCCCCGCCGUCUGCUCCCCAAAUACCGACUACAACGCCACCUGCCACGCCGCCGACGUCCUCCCCGUCUGGGGCACCCUCAACAGCAAGUCCCGCAACGUAGACCCCUACUACGACACCACCGACCUCCUCCACUCGCAGCUCCUCGACGACGUCUUCGGCGCCUUUUUUCGAACUCGCAGCCCCAACCCUGACCCGGAGAUGCUCCGUGUCCGCGGCCCCGCCUACGCCGCGACGUACGAGAUCUUCGGAAAGAAUGGGUACUAUAUCCCUCCGUAUCAUCCCCAGCAGCGCAAUGUCAGUCUGCUCGAUAUGCCGCCUGCCUGGACGCAGAACCCGCAUGGCACGGACAAGUGUAAGGUGUUUGAGGAGUAUGGGUUUACUUUCCAGCGGGCGUCCCUUGCCUGAGGUUGAGAGAUAGUGUACAUACGCAACUUGAGUUGACUGGUGUAAUAGACAGCUCCAGUCUACGAAUAUAUCUACGCAAAAUGAAACUAGUGGUAAUGAAUCCAGAGCAGUAUAUUGAUCAGUACCUCUAAUCAUACUAUUACCGAGUUAAACCUCUAUCGUUACUCAUAAGGGCGUCUAAUCUUCUCCACACCGGUAGUACAAGCUAAAGCAAGGAAAUGAGAGCCACGAGAUCGAACUGAUUUCGUAG